AAACCCUAAGCCGCCGCCGCCCCUCCCUCGUCUCGCCAUCGCCCGCACCCACGCUGGUCUUCGACCGCUCCUCCUCCUCCUCCAUUUCACAAGAACCCUCGCGGCAAUCGCAUCGCAAAGAUCGCGCAGAAAUGAGACAUUCAUGGCGUUCGCUCCUCUCCCGAGCCCACCUCCGUUCAAGAUCGAACGUCCCACGGCACUCUCCGCACCACCCUUCCUCGCUCUCCAACCCGAGUCCCCACUCGCUCCGUCGCUUCGCUUCGCUUUUCCGCACCGACCCUCUUCGUAACUCGCCUCCGGGACUCCCGUUCGGUGCCCAAAUCGCGAGCUUGGCGAGACCCAGUAGCUCCUUCGCAGCCAGGACCUUCACGUCGGAGCCGGCCGUCGAAGUGAAGGACUCGGAUCACGCGGUCCUCGCCGAUGCUUUCGCGAAAUUCGAGGACUCGGAGGAUGCGGCGAAGGAGCUGAAGCUGGUGCGGAACAAUGUCGCCGUGAGCGAUGACGUGGUUCUGAAGGUCUUGGAGAGCCUCUCCGCUAGUCCUCGCGCUGCGGGUAAGUUUUUCGAUUGGGUUUCAGUGAACAAUAGCGAGAGGUUGAGCUCGAAAUCGUAUAAUUUGAUGCUGGGUGUAUUGGGUGUGAAUGGCUUUAUCUCUGAAUUCUGGGAUUUGUAUGAGACUAUGAAGAAACGGGGUUAUGGCAUGUCGGGAUACGUUAGAGAUAAAGUGUUGGAGACGUUUGAGAAAGAGGGGAGAGAGAGUGAUGCGGAGAAGCUGAGAGGUGUUUUCGCAUCUGGAUCGGUUAAUAACUCUGUUGAGAAGAAUCCCUCCGGGAUUUAUAGGAUAUUGAAGAAUGAGGUUUGGAGCGAAGAUGUCGAGAAGAAAUUGCGGGAGUUAGAUGUCGAGUUUACGACCGAUGUGGUUAAGAAGGUAGUGGAAAAUCUUGCUACCGAGCCCAUGAAAGCAUUGAUGUUAUUCAGGUGGGUCGAAGAAAGUGGUUUGUUUAAGCACGAUAAGCAGACGUAUAAUGCCAUGGCAAUUGUCUUAGGGAGAGAAGAUUGUAUCGAUAGAUUUUGGAAGCUGGUUGAUGAAAUGAAGGUUGUCGGGUAUGAAAUGGAAAGGGAGACUUACGUCAAGGUAUUGGGUCGCUUUUGUAAGAGGAAGAUGAUCAAGGAUGCAGUCUAUUUAUAUGAGUUUGCAAUGAGUGGUGUCGAUAAGCCUUCGGCGCAGGAAUGUACAUUCCUAUUGAGGAAAAUAGCUGUCAGCAAGGACUUUGAUAUGGGUCUUUUUUCUAGAGUUGUGAAGGUUUAUACAGAGAAAGGGAAUACGCUGACAGACUCCAUGCUUUAUACAGUUUUGAAGUCUUUAGACAGUGUCGGAAGAUUGGGGGAGUUCGACAGGGUUUUGAAAGUAAUGCAGGAGUGCGGGUUCUUACCUGGUGGCAAUCUCCGGAGCAAAAUUGCGUUCCGGCUUAGUAGUACUGGUAAAAAGGAUGAGGCGAGUAAAUUCAUGGAUACACUAGAAUCAUCUGGGCUUACUUCUGAUUUCAGGACCACUGCAUCGCUAAUAGAAGGGCUUUGUGUUUCGGGAGAUCUUGAAAAGGUUUCUGAUUAUUUCCAUGAGAUGGUUGAGAAGGACGCAGGUUCUUCUGCAAGCCGCGCUCUUGAUUCACUGGUUAAUGCAUAUUGCGAUAAGAACAGAGCAUUUGAUGCUUGCCGAAUUUUGAAAGAUUGUGCAUCCAACAAUGAGUUGAAGCCUUGGCAUACUACGUGCAAACUUUUGAUAAAGAAAUUGCUGGCUCAAGGAGGAUUUGAAGAUGCAUUGACACUUUUGAGUUUGAUGAAGGAACAUGGAUACCCACCUUUCCUUCAUCCUUUUAUCCAGCACAUAUCAAAGAAAGGAAGCAAAGACGAUGCUCUUGCUUUUCUAAAGGCAAUGACCUCGAAAAAAUUCCCAUCUACAUCUGUGUUUCUCCAAAUGUUCGAAGCCUUCUUCAAGGUUAGGAGGCAUAAUGAAGCACAAGAGCUUCUUUCUAAGUGCCCGAGACACAUACGUAACCAUGCGGAUGUUUUGGAUCUCUUUUGUUCAAAGUCUAAAGGCACUGUUGCCCCUGCGGCUGCAUAAGCCUUAGUAAAAUCCUGUUGUGCUAUGUGAGGAAUAGGUAGAAUAUCUUGUUUUCAGGAAUUUUGGUUGGCAAGAGAGUUUUUGUUGCCUUUGUUGACUAUUUCUUGUCCUCAGAGUGGCAAGCACCUCAAUAUUCUUGCAAAUAAAGCCCGCGUAAGUCCAUUCUUUACUUGCAUUUAUUGGGCUCAUUAUAUAUCACCAUGUCGAAGUUUUUGUGAUAUGGAUUAAAUUGAUGAUUGGACCCUAA